GAGCUCAGCUUCGGGGUCUCCCCCUUCCCCUCUCCCGUGACACCGAGCAGACAGAAGGAAGGAAAAUAAAUAACAAUCACAAUAAAAUACCACCAUUACUGCUCACUAUAAUGGAUCUAUUGAAGCAAACCGGAUGUGUAAGCUGGAGUCUGUGGUGUGUACUUUGUUAGGGAUGUGUGUGGAGAUGUGUGUGUUUGUGAGUUUGGUCAUGAGAGAUUAAAGGCGUUGUGAACGGGCUGGGUCCGCUAGGCUUGUAGUCGGCUCGGUUCGGGUGGAAGCAGGUCGGGAUGGAGCAGGAGGGUUUUCCCGGUUCAGAGCCGAUCCCGGAGGACGGGGUGGAGGGUCUCCGGUCCGAGCUCGAGCGCCUGUCACGGGAACUGAGCGAGACCAGCCGGGAUAAGAUCCGCGCUGCGGAGUACGGGCUGGCGGUGCUGGAGGAGAAACAGCAGCUCCAACAGCGCUAUGAUGAGCUGGAGACUGAAUAUGAAGCACAGAGACACGAACUGGAUCAACUCAAAGAGGCAUACGGUCAGGCCCACUCCGCCCAGAGGAAGGUUGCGGAGGAUGGUGAGAGUCGUGAGGAGUCCCUCAUCCUGGAGUCGGCAUCUAAGGAAGCAUAUUACGAGCAGAGGGUGCAGGAGCUGCAGGCCGAGCUGAGGCAGGCAAAAACUACCCUCGCUAGCACGCAGAGCGAGAACGAGCGCCUCAGCAGCAUCACGCUGGAGCUGAGGGAGAGUGCCGAGCUGCUGGAGCUGCAGCGAACUCGUCUGCGUGAUGACAUCCGAGAGUAUAAAGUCAGAGAGUCUCGGCUGCUGCAGGACUACAGCGAGCUGGAGGAGGAGAACAUCAGCCUGCAGAAACAAGUGUCCACGCUGAAGCAGGGCCAGGUGGAGUUCGAGGGUCUAAAGCAUGAGAUCAGGAGGCUAGAGGAGGAGGCACAGUACCUGAACAGCCAGCUGGAGGAAGCCGUGCGUCUGCGUGAGAUCGGCGAGCGUCAGCUGAGCGAGGCUCUGGAGACGGUGAAGAGCGAACGUGAGCAGAAAGCGGCACUGCGCAAAGAGCUCACGCAUCACAUGACUCUGGGAGACUCUCUCCUCAGCGGCUCACUGGAUGGACUCAGACUUAGCGACUCAAACGAGCCCAACAAUGACGAGGCCAUGCGCGCUUUUGAGAACGGGCUCGCGAAGAUAGCUGACGACAACGACGACGAUAACAUUUCAUCCAUGCCGAAGAAGAGUCUGGUGGACGACCUGCUGAGCGAACUAAACAUCUGCGAGAUCCAGAAGCUCAAACAGCAGCUGCACCAGGUGGAGCGAGAGAAAGUGGCGCUCGUCUCCUCCCUCCAGGAGUCUCAGAAGCAAUUAGCACAGACGCGAGGAGCGCUAGCACGCCUGAGUGAAGAUUUUGGAGCCACGCGACGCAUCCAGGUUGCAAAGGACAAAGAGAAGGAGAAGGUAAGCGGCGAGGACGGAGAGGUGGACUAUUACGAGCUGGACAUUCACGGCCCUGAGAUCCUGCGCUGCAAAUAUGAGGCAUCAGUGGCUGAGGCUGGAGAGCUGAGGGAGGAGCUUAAGUUGCUAAAGGCGGAGCUUGAGGAGGUAAGGGUGGCGCAUGAGGAGGUCCGUGCACGGCUGGAGAGCCAGGUGCGUGAUCUCUCGUCUCAGGUGUGCUCGCUGGAGAGCGAGGGACGGACGGAGCGGGCACAGCUGGCACGGCUGCAGAGGGAGCUGGACGAGGUGAACACAGCUGCAGGCGAGACCCGGAGGACGCUUGGAGUGGCUCAGGAUGAGCUGGCUUCGUUCAGCGAGGAGCUUGCUAACCUCUAUCACCACGUCUGUGUGUGCAACAACGAGACGCCCAGCCGUGUCACGCUCGACUUCUACAGAGAGGGAAAAGACGGCAAAGAGGACAAGAAUAAGAAAGACGACAAAGAGGUAACGCGAAAAACAGAUAACGCGAGCUCAACCGAAAACGCCGCUAGACCUGCCUCGGCUUCUGUGAGAGACUCGAGGAAAGAGCCGAUGGACGUGUGUGUCCUGGCCGAGAUGAUUCGGGAGCAGAUGCGGCACCUGCAGCAGGCCGUGGAGCGAGGUACACAGCUGGCGAGGCAGAGGCUGGCACCGCUGGAGCUUGCCACCGUGCCUGAUAAAGAACAGGCAGCCUGCAUGGAGGAGAUCCUCAAACUCAGGUCACUGCUGAGCACCAAACGGGAACAGAUCGCCACGCUCAGGGCCGUGCUCAAAGCCAACAAACAGACGGCCGAGGUCGCUCUCGCUAAUCUGAAGAGUAAGUACGAGAAUGAGAAGACCAUCGUGACAGAGACCAUGCUGAAGCUCAGGAACGAGCUAAAGGCUCUGAAAGAGGACGCAGCGACCUUCUCCUCCCUCAGAGCCAUGUUCGCCACCAGAUGUGAUGAGUAUGUGACUCAGCUGGAUGACAUGCAGAGGCAGCUGGCGGCGGCUGAGGAUGAGAAGAAGACACUGAACUCGUUGUUGCGCAUGGCCAUCCAGCAGAAGCUGGCACUCACGCAGCGCCUGGAGGACCUUGAGUUCCACAACGAGCAGGAGCGCAGAGGAAGUGCGGCCGCCGCCUCGGCCCGCUCCAAAGGGCCCUUCUCUAAGAGCAAGAACCUGCACUAAUUAUAGUUGCCAAGGAGAAUUUCCCCCAAAGUGGCUUAAUCCCUGACCGCAGACGUCCUGCCUUACACACACACACACACACACACACUAUGACACUCGACUGCAGGCUUCACAGUAUUCUGAUUAUCCACUCUUUUGUUUUGCGUCUCUGCUUUUUUAUUACGUUUCUGUUUAAUUCCACACCUUUGACACGUUCUGUGUAAAUCUGUAUAUCUCAUUUCCUGUGACGCCUUAUUUUACAGUUGAAAGUCAAAUGAAAACACGCACAUACGUGACGGGUUUCAGGUCAGCAGAAGUCUGUGUGUAAUUAAGGAGCGUCGGUUUCUGGUCGUUUUGCUUUUUCGUCCUAAUUUAUUCUUUUGUAAUAAACUGAAUAUGCAGAAUGUCCUGCAGUGGGAGUGAUAAAGACGUUCAUUUUUUUUAUAUAUCAAACGGCGGACAUGUUGACGCUGGUGAUGUUGACAGAAGGAUUGGAAAUUUGGUGACUUUCCUACAAAAAUAGAUAGAUUUUCACCUCCUUUUGUCAGCUACCUCUUUGUCACUUCUUUAAUUGGAUUUAUUUAACAGAAAUGAUAAUAUAAGACUUUUUUUCUUUUUAAAUAGGACUAUUUUGCUCAGUUCAGAAGCUAUCCAGGGAAAAUGAACUGAGGAAUGGUGUGGAUGUCUUACGGUUUAAAGGAAAAGAUGAGUAGUGUCUAGUGUAUCAGCGUCGUAGAAAACAGUACAUAGCUCACAAAAGCGUCGGCUUUAAGACACGAGAAACCAAAUGCUAGUGACUCACGUCUCCGCUCCACACUGUGGCAGUUUCUUGUUUUAAUGCGGUUUCGGAGGCACCCACGUCGACUUCCCCUCAGCUCAUUUGCCACUGAUCAAAUCCCUGUGACUAAGAAAAUCAAACCUACACUUCACCUUUCACACACACAACCAGCUCAGCUGUGAAAACACGUUUCCAGUGGAAGCACCUGAAGUGGUUACUGAAAAUAAAUGAAUGAGUAAUGCCAUUGUCUACAUCAACAAGAAAAGAAAGCAAGCUGAAAGAUGCUCUCCUACACACACUCUCCGGCUGAUGUUAGUGAGAUGUUGAGCUCUUCCAAGUCAUGAAGGGAAGUCGAUGAGGCCCUGUCGAGAGCCGUAUUGAAAAAACAUUGUGUUUACUUCAGAUACAGGAGACAUUACAGUGUUUUCACAUGUGCCUUUAAUAAACAAUUGUUUGUUUGUUUGUUUGUUUUAUCAGCAACUUCAGAGCAGCAGUGUCCUCUGUUAUUUCAGUUUUAUAUUCAAGUCAUUUCUAACAUGCUAUUAAAGCCUGUUUAAUACCACA